CUUACAAAUACUCCUAAGCCUGCCUACAAACGGUACAUCAGCUUUGGUUUGAAAGCUGCUUUAUUGGUGGAAGGGGUUGGGCUUGCCGCAUCCUACGGACUCUGGUACAAGUUAAACACCGAUAGAGAUUUCCGUUUGUAUAUGUUCCAAAACCAUAACUGGGUGCUUGAGGGUUACUACGGUCUUGGUGAAAAGAUAGCUGAGCAAAAGAUCCGGGAGGUAGACCAGGCUAUUUGGAGAAGCGAAGGCAAAUUAUAAACAGCGGUGAGGAUGAUGUAUGUUGCUAUUAAGUCCUCCUUCUGGGUGGUAACAUUCGGAAGCAUUGGUUACGCACUGUUCAAGUUGGUCAAACCUGAUGAUGAACUCCUUAAACAGUUUGAUUCCGAAUCAAAACACACAGAUGCCAGAAAGGUUUCCAGGACAACAAUUAAUGUACUAAAAGAAGCAGCAACUCCAAAUUCUGAUUUAAAUAAAACUAUUGAGGAAUUGUUGAAAAAAGGAAAAUGAGUGAUAGGAAUACUGUAUUAGAAAGAUUAAGUAGAAGAGAUGCACAGAGAUUAGAGAAACUACAGAAGGCUCAUAAGGCAAGGGAGGAGGUUGACGCUUCUGAUGAAAAUGAAGACUUUUUCUCAGGUUCAUUCAAAAUCAAAUCAGAAUAUGUUGAAGAUUUACUCAUGCAAGUACCAACACUCGAACUGCACACAUUACCCUCACACUUUGAUAACAUAAAAAGAGAAAUUAAUGAACUGCAAAAAUAUGUCGUAACAUCAUCAUUCUUCUUAAAAGAGUUCAACAUGCGCAAAUAUUUGGGUAUAGUACAAAAUCUACAGACAAAAUGCUACGAAUUGGAAGAAAGAUACGUUCCAAGGAAAAAGUUUGGCUUCUCUAAGAAGAAACUACCAAAAUCACACACCCAGAAGCAGAGCUCGCUCGAUGAUCACGACGGCGCCGGAAAAAUUGAUAGCAACAAAUGGGAUGACAAACUUUUUGGCUUUGAUUCACAGGAAAAUAAAGUACUAUUACUAGAAAACGACGAAUUGUAUCAGAGAGAUGUUGCUUUACGAAAUCUGAAGAACUGUACCAUUGGCCUCAAAGGCGUCAUGGGAACUUUGCAUUUAACUAAUCUAGAAAACUGUAUUGUGUUGUCCGGUCCCGUCACAUCAUCAGUAUUUAUGGAGAAAUGUACAAAUUGUAAGGUGGUCGCUGCCUGCCAGCAGUUACGAAUGCACACAUCCAAUAAUUGUGAUAUUUACUUACACGUAACUAGUAAAGGCAUUGUUGAAGACUGUUCCGAGAUAUGUACGGCGCCAUACAAUUUGUAUUAUGAUGAUUUAGAAAAGCAUUUCAAUAUGUCUGCUUUGGACAAAUGUUCUAAUAACUGGGAUAACUUGGACGACUUUAACUGGCUUGCUCCUGAUAUCCCGUCCCCUAACUGGUCCGUUUUGGAUGUCAGCCAACGGGUCACCAGUUGGGACGAGUAUUGGUUGAAGACUCCUUCCUAAUGUUAGAUAGUAGAUAAUCAAAAUUGCAAUGUAAUGUUAAUGCUAUUAAUACUCAGUACUAGAGUAACAUCAUAUUUAGGUACUGCUACUAAUUUAAUUGCAAGGUUUGUCCAAAAUUGCAAAGAAUUGCAAAGUUCACAUCUAAGUUUUUAUAUAAAUUUUGUUGCACCCUUUGUGUGAUUUGCACGAAAAUAUUUGAUUGCCGUAAAACGAACCUUCGAUAUUACAGAGACAGAAAUUGUGAUGAUGUUACAACACUUCAUUUGUAUCCAUAUUUAAUAGCCAUUAAAAGAAAACUGUUAGACUUUAACACUUGAUAAGUGUCCUUGCCUUAUAUUCUUUACUAAUCUACACAUAUUUGUAAUGUUUAAUAUCAGAUAUCUUCGGAUACAUCUUAAGAAUUUUAAUAACAUGUAGAUUGUGAUCACAGUAGAUGGAUACAAACUUGACUGAAAGUAGUGUAAAAAUGGUAUGAGAUCCCUAAAUAUAGGAAGAAGCAUUGUACAACGUUUUUUUUAUAUAUUUAAGAUAACACAGACAACGGUGCUUCUAAGACAUCUGGUGAUACCCAAAAUUUCAUUUUUCCUACGAAAGUUUUGGUAGUAUUUUUCUACUGUGACAUUGAUAGUUCCAACUUAGUUAUUUUCUGAUGAUAAAGGUUUUAACCACAAAUUAUGUUAGCUAAAUACCUGCUUAUUUAAUUCAAUAUAUAAUUUAUGUAAUAAAGAACAUGAUUAGA